CACGUGGGCUUUAUAAUUCAUAAUAUGCCGAUGAUCGCGAAGACAUACGCCACCGCGAGGAAUAUGGGAAAUGCGUUGCCGCUUCUGAAAGGUAAUAUGCCCGAGGUGUCGGGAGGACUGCUGGUGGUAUUGCCGCGAGAGCAAGCGGUCGGCUAUUGCAAGACCCUGGAGAAAAUGGAGCACAGGCAAGCGUGGAUCGUCGGGAUCGUCGAGUUUGGCGCUCGCACGGCGCGCGUGAUCGAUAGACCACGAGUGAUCGAGGUGCCUGCUAAGGAUAACGGUGUCUCCCUAUGGUAAAUAGCGAGAAGGAUAUCGCACAGGAUAUCGCUCGUUAAGGCUGAAAGGCCGAGGAGAAGACACGUGAUUAUGGGCAAUUUUAACGGCGCUUUACGCGUACAUACAAAGUUUAUGAGGACAAAUGUAUUUUCUGGAUUUAUGUGGCGCGUAUAAUACAGUAACAGAUUAACUUUAAAACACUUUUCUUACGUUGAUAAAUUGAUCCAAUAAACCAUUGAGUUAUUAGCACUUUUAAGACAUCUUUUUCUCUUGCAAGAUUUUAAUAUAUACUUCGAAUAUGAGUUGUGUGAGAUACCAAAAGAAUUUUUGUUACAUUUUUUUUAUUUAAGUUUAGGGCUUACGAAAAUGAUCUUCAUAUUUAUUUAUGAUGACGGAAACACUUUAGCAUAAGAUACUUUUUUGUGAAGAUUGAGCUUACUGAAAUUACGAUGUUUCAAUCGCUGUAUUAGCGUAUAUUAUUCAAUUAUUUCAAUUAAGAUGCGGUGAAACCCGACCCCUCGCAUCAAAGACGCUUUACAUUGCGCCUAAUAAAGAGGUGCAGCUAACAAAAGUUUACAGUUAACAAAGCAUUAUCAUAUCUUUAUGCUUCACCUUUCCGGUUGUCUGGUCAUGGGAAAUUCGUGAACUCAUAUCAUACAUUAUGCCCGUCUAUCUUUUUAUCUCUUCCCACAAUUAACUUCUCACAUGGCACUUUGCACGCGAAUCGUGUAGUGCGAGUUCCUUGACACCUGUCGCUUGGCAUCUUAAUUGCAGUGUGUGAUCUUGCGUAGCCGAGAAAUUAUUUUCUUUUCCUUUUGCAGCUGAUUUCUAUCUUUUUAAGGAUGUUUUGGUACUAUAAUAUUAGAUAAGAAUUAUUAAAAUUAUGAAACUACAGGUUUCUUAGGUUUAAUCUUUUUUUCCCUAAUUGUUGACAAACAUUUCGGUUACAGAUAUCCAAAUUUUGAUUUUAAUGUUAGCUACAAAAAAAAAAAAAAAUAAAAAUUUAGCUUAUAAGUCAGUAUUCAUUAAAUAGGCUGUUUGACACGAAUGUCAAAAUUGUUUGCAGCAUUAACAUUAUCAUCUUUAAACACAUAAUUAUUUUGAUGAUCCAACAUAAAAUUAUUUUCUCAUCUGUUUCUAGUUAAAUUUUUAGAUUCUGCCGUAAAAUUGUUCUUUCCGUGUAGAUACAGAUUUGAAAAUAAUAUUGGAUCAUCAAAAUAUUUAUGUAAGACGCUCAAGCAUUAAGAGCAAAAUAUUUUGACGGCAAACAGUUUUGACAUUCUAACAACUCAUUUGAAUGCCCUAAACAAUUAUUUUGAUGGUUCAACAAAAUUAUUUUUGAAUUUGUAUCUAGCUAAAUAUCUCAGUAAAACCGUUCUUUCUGUUCUUUAAGAGUCCUUCUUAAGAGUUCUCAAAGGUCUUCGUGAAAACACCAGUUAGACCGGCCUAACAUGAAAAAAAAUAUUAAUCUUCCUAGCGUAAAGAGUGACAUUCUCACUGGAAAGUUGUUUGACGACGAAGUUAAGAAAAGAAAGGGAAAAAAUACACAUGUCCUCGUGACAUUUCUCUCUCCGCGCAUGUAGCCAAAUUACACAUCUUAGAUCAGCAUUACAUUUGUCGCAUGACAAACGUAAUACCACCCUAUACGACCACCUGUAAGGGUACCGCGCGAAAAAUACAGUUUGUACCUUGCGGCGACCUCGAAUCACCAGUGUCAGCGCACCUCGAAAGAAAUGUAACGUUCCGCGCGCAAAAAUAUUCGACACGCUCGAGCGACCGAUCGGAUUCGCGCGACUUCCAAGGAGAGCCGCCGGCGUCGGCCGUGAAAACACGAAUUUCCACGGUUAUCCCGUUGAUGCAGCGGGAGGCGUUACUUCCUCGCGCCACUUCCGGCGUUCACGCGCGCUCAUCUUCCGCAACAGAUGACAAUUUUACGAACUCUGCACGGGACCUGAUGCCACGCACAAUAAACUAAGAAAAAAAUGUUUACUAAAUUUUUUCAAUUAAAAUUUUUUAGUUUUUCUUAUUGAUUAAAUUUCUUCGGUUUAAAUAUUUAUUAGAGACGAUUCAAGGAUUUUGACGCUAAAUCGAAUUAAAUC